CGCGUCUGAGGAAAUUCUUGGAGGAGGUUUGCAUAUACAACGCCUCCCUUUACCGUCUUUCCUCUUUCACAUUCUUGUAUUUCAUUCUCUGCGCCUUUUCCUUUACAAAAAUGUUUAACAAAGCUCGACGCACCUCAAACUCAAAAUUUCAAACGAGAAAAAGAACCUUAUGAGAUGAGUUGUGAGAUUAGAAAGGUGUUAUGGGAUUACAAUCUUGGUUAACUAGUAGGUAGAUUUGACCCCUUUAUCUAUAAUAGAUAAUUUUUCCAUCCGUCACUUGAACUAUCUCAAAUGCAAGUUGUUUCAUAUCAGAUCAUACACUUAAUUACCUAUCAAUUUGAUUAUCACAUUAUUUAUGGAUAUUGACAUAGGAGUUUAACAUUUAGUGAUGAAGACAUUGUCUAUAACAAACCUUAUUAUAAUAGCCUUAUAAGACAUGUCUAAUUGGCUAUAAUAGAUUUGGGAACGAAUAAUGAGUCCUCGUGAGUUGUAUUAAGCAUAAUCUAUAAUUUGGUAAAUGUUUGAUGCUUUUGCCAUAUUUUAUAUGAGACUUGAUAUUACCUCAUACAAGCGCACAUUAUAACUAAUAAUACAUUUCUCCAAUCGUGCUAAAUUGGCCUGAUUCAACCAUUGACCUUUUACUCACCUAUUCGACAACCUUGACCAUGGAUGAGAAAACUUCGAAAUUCUUGCAUUUGUGCAUGAAGCCCACGUGUAGCCCCCGAAGGUCGCCACGUGUGAAAUAAUCCAUCUCAGUUGAACACACACGCUACUAUAACAUAGCCGGCUCCUGAUCUGAGAAGUGUUUCUGUUAACUAAGAAAAGGUAAAAAAGGACUUAACUGCUAGGAAAAAAAAACCCAGAAGCAACCGAACAGAUCGAGCGCAGAACAGGGAAGGGUAAAUUGACGAAAUCAAUGGCGUCGUCGGACCUCCGCCCAGCAUUUGCUUACACGGUGGUGUACGUCAGGGACGUUGCCAAAUCCGUUGAUUUCUACGCCAAAGCUUUCGGUUACCAUGUUCGCCUCCUCGACGAUUCUCACAGAUGGGGAGAGCUGGAGAGCGGGCAGACGACGAUCGCUUUCACUCCGAUCCACCAGCACGAGACCGACGAAAGAACCGGACAAGUCCGUACCCCAAAGUCCGGCGACGAGCGGCCUCCAAUGGAGGUCUGCUUCGCCUAUGCUGAUGUCGAUGCUGCCUACAAGAGGGCGGUGGAGAACGGAGCUACGGCAGUGAGCCCGCCGGAGGACAAGGAGUGGGCGCAGAGGGUUGGGUACGUCCGUGAUAUCGAUGGGAACGUGGUCAGAAUGGGGAGCUACGUCGCCAAACAGGCGAAAUGAUGUCGCCAGAGAGGCUAAGGGCAUGUUCACUUUCAUUUCCGUUCGCAAACGAGAAAACCUGUGUACUUUUCUUUCUGUUCGUCUAUUUCCUGCAUUAAGUUGUCAUAAACUGGGUAGAUAUGUGCUCCAAUCUCUGUUCAUUGAUGAACUCUGUUUACUUCCCUUUCUCUGGACAGUUCAAUGAUCAAACAUACACAGAACCAGAUCAGUCAAUGUGUAGAUAUAUAUGAGGGAAAAUGGAAGAGCAAUUCCAGAGUCUGGGACAUGGGUGUCCGUAUUGGAAAAGUAUCCAAAAUGCAGAGAAAAAAGUCGACUUCUUUCGAGUUUAUAAAACCCCACUCCGAUCCCCCAUUGCAAAAACCGUAACAAGCAACACAAAAAACACAAAGAUUAAAGGGGAGCUGAGAAUUCCAGUGGCAUUCUACGCAAGGAUAACAGAUAAGGCAGACAAUACGAUCCAAUUUCCUUCCUGGCCACUCGUGUCCUUCCCACCCACCCAACCACGAAACCCAAAAUGAAUCAAGACAAUUUUUUCUUCUUCUUCUUCUUGGUACACAGCAGAGAAGAUCUUCUUCACUGGACGAACGAUCAAAACAUUUCUUGUGAUUUUCUAACGCAGCGGCUCACUUUCUUCCUGAAUUCGUCUCUCGUCUCCCUCCAUUCUUUCUGCAUAAAAUGAGAUCACCAGGUCAGGAUAUCAUAUCUGCAACAAUCCCGAAUGUCUUAACAUGCAGAAACUAUAACUGCAGUUAAAGCAGUUGCAACACACUCCUGGCUCAAAGUUUUAUCUUGGCAGCACUACAUCAUCAAAAUGGCGUAAAAUCACAUAGUGCAUACACAGGAGCUACCACACUCCAGUCAUACUAUGUCCAGGGAUCUACAAGCCUCUAACAUUUGCAGGACGGCACAAAGACGGGCAGCAACCAUAUGUGCAUACCCUAUGCCAGAAACGGGAAAGGAAGCGAGACUGAUUAACGAUUUGACCAAUGAGAACAAUACAAACAUUUCCAAGGAUGCAUCUAAAUAACUAGAUUCCGUGAUAGCACGGGUAGAGUUGUGCCCCAAAAUGCAUUCUUAAGAUGUACAAAACUUAAUGAGCCAAGAGUCGGCGAAUCCAAUUUUAAAACUUAAAAAGGUUCUGCCUCCUGAAAGAUAAUUCAAUAUCAUUCGCUUGAAGUGCAUUAUGAACCCCGCAAAAAUCUCGAUUUGAAGGUAGGAGCAUUGACAUCAUAAUGUCAGAAAAGAAAUGGCAAAACAUGACAAGCUUCAUCAAGAAUACACAUAGGGACAGCCAACUAUGACUUACCGCUGCUUCAACAUUGGCAGGAGACUCGUCGUUAGGACUUGACAGCAUAGAUAUAAUACUCAACACGAUACUUUCAACCUGACAGAAAACAACAGAAAAUCCAACAGCGAUCAAGUAGAAAAACAGAAAGAUACAAAAACAUGGCAGUCCCCAGAACAGAUUCCAUCUAAGCUGUUCCACUAAAAUGACUCAAGGGAAGACAUCAGUAGAACUACGACCCUUGGAACACUUCUUACAAUGCA